UUAGCUAGAAGCUGUACAGGUGGCUAAAGGUGGAAUCCUAACAGCACCUACCAAGAGCUCUUUGCCAUGUCAGACUACCAUUGGUUUGAAGGAAUAGCUUUCCCUGCAUUAGGGUAUGAAAAAGAAAUACUUGAAGAAAUCGGUGAUAAAUUUGUGGUUAGAGAUGAAGACACAGUCAUAUUGACUUAUCCCAAAUCAGGAACUAACUGGCUGAUUGAGAUUGUCUGCUUGAUUCAGACCAAGGGGAAUCCCAAGUGGAUUCAAUCUGUACCCGUCUGGGAACGCUCACCCUGGGUAGAAACUCCAAUAGGAUAUCAAAUGUUAGUCAAUCAGGAAGGACCACGCCUCAUCAGCUCUCAUCUUCCCUUCCAUCUUUUCCCCAAGUCUUUCUUCAGUUCCAAGGCCAAGAUGAUCUAUGUCAUCCGAAAUCCCAGAGAUGUUCUUGUGUCUGGUUAUUUUUUCUUUCAUAAGACAAACCUUAUUAAGAAUCCAGAGUCUCUGAUGAAUUAUUUUGAGUGGUUCCUCAAAGGAAAUGUUUUAUAUGGAUCAUGGUUUGAGCACACCCGUGCCUGGCUGUCCAUGAGAGAAAGGAACAACUUCCUGCUUUUGUGCUAUGAAGACCUGAAACAGUACAGGUGCAGGAACUGUUCCCAUCUGGAUGGAACUCCUCAGCACAGAAACAGGGACACCACUGACAAAAGGGCAGCCAUGGUGGGGGUGAUCAGGGUCAAGUGGAACACAGAAGUCCCUGCAGCAGAAGCUCAAGGUACCCUGCACUUUCUUGAGGGAUCCUUCUCGCCUGCCUGGCUGGCAGACCCUCACCCCUCUGGGUGGGUCUCCUUAGUGCAAGAACAGGAACUGUUCCUGGGCCAAGGACUUUGCAGACAACAGGGAAGGCUUGGGGGAAGCAGGGUCAUUUGUAAUAGAGAAGCCUCUGCCUAUAAAAUGUCUUAAACACAGGUAGAAGCAUGCAUGUAUACAAUCUGACAAAAUAACUUAGCAUAGGUAUACAAAUAUACAGAUAAAUAUACAGUUAAGCAGAAAUCAGACCAUUUUCAAAAAAACAAAUAGAAUUUAAACUUAUAUCAAUAAACAAAAAUCUAUACCAAUGUAAAUUGUCCAUAAAUAAUAGCUCACAAGUAUUCAUUCUAUUAUUCACUUUGAUUAUUAUUAGUAUGAGUAAGUUCACACUAAUCUACAUAUCCCAGUCUAUUUUCCUUCUUUAUUUUUUUUUAGACCUCUGGGGCUACAUAAUUUCUACCCCAAAUCCCAACCCUAAAUGAGUAAUAAUCUUCCCCCAAUUAGUGUCCCUAACCCUAAGGACAAACUUUGUUGGGAGAGGGGAUGUCAUUUUCUAGAAUUGCUUUGAGCUGUCAUGGGGGAGAUGUUCUUUCUAUAGUAUCCUGUAAACGUAAAAUGACAGUUAAGAUUAAAGAUUACUGUUUUGUAUAAUUGCAUAUGGUCUCUGAGUAUUCGGUAGUGUUAUUUUAAAGUUCUUAUUUGGAAUUCUGACCAAAGCAUUGUAAGAAGGCUCACCAUUUCCACAACUGGUCCCCCAAAACUAGUCUCAUAGUAGCACUAUUAGUGUCAUGAUGUCAUAAUUAACCAGGAGGAGUCAGUGUUGUGGGCACCAUCUUCUACUUGGAAGUUUCAAAGACUACUACAAGACAAUCUAGUGUUCAUUGUUGAAAACUUAAACAUUAUUUAUAUAUACAUAUAUUCAAUGAAAGAUACAAUAUAGACAAAA